AUGCCAAUUGCACAAGAUCUUGUUGAACAAUUACAAGUGCACAAAUUAAUCUAUGCCGUGCGGACAGAUAAUAUUUUAUUGGUGCAAAAAUUAUCUGAAAAAGGUGUUAAAAAUCUUGUAAAUUAUAAUGAUCCACAAAAUGGAUUGACUGCAUUAAUAGCGGCUAUCACACAAAAUAAUACAAACAUGAUAAAAUGUCUAUUAGAACUUGCUGCUCAUCCUGAUGUUAUUGAUUUUUCUGGUCGUACAGCACUUAUGCAUGCUGCUGAAUGUGGUCAUACUACUAUUUUACGAUUAUUACGUGAUGCAGACGCUAAUCCAACAAUUCAAGAUUUCGAAGGAAAAGAUGCAGUUUAUUAUUGUUUUACUAAAGCAACAGAACAUCAUAAAACAUGUUUAAAAAUGUUACUUGAAAUGGGUGCUAAUGUUAAUAAUCGAACACAAAAUGGUGUACCAAAUUUGGUACAUGUAUGUAAUGAUUCUGUAGAAUACGAAGACUUUUGCAUGACUCUUAUUCAAGCUGGAGCUGAUGUACAACUUAUUGAUGAAAAGACACAACGUACACCUUUACAUAAUGCUUGUUUAUCUGGAAGUACUAAAGUUGUACGAAAACUUUUACAUGCACAAGCAGAUCCAAAUGCAUUAGAUAAUAAAAAAUCAACACCUGCACAUGAAGCAGCUAAAGGUGGACAUUUUCAGAUAAUUCGAAUUCUAUCUGGUUUUGGUGCAAAAUUUGAUGUAUAUGAUACUCUUGGUAAUAAUCCAAUUCAUUAUGCUGUUAUGUCUAAUGCUGAUACUGUUAUUCGAUUUCUUGGUCAACGAGGUUGUAAUCCGAAGAAACCGAAUUUCGAAGGACUUAGUCCAAAACAAAUUGCUAAUCAAUAUAGAAAUAGAGAUGUGCAAAGAAAUUUACGAAUAGCUGAACGUGGCUAUCAUGAAAUGACUGCUAAUUUAGCUAUAGAUGAAUUUCUUGAUUGGAGAAUAAAACUUUAUGAUUAUAUUUAUGAAAAUUUCGAAUGUAUUGAAAAACAAUUUGAAGAAUUUGAUCUGGUUGAACCAAAAAGUGGUAUUAUAUUAAAAGACAAUUUUAAAAAAGUUCUUAACAAUGAAAAUUUUCUUUCAUUUCUUAAACCGUAUAAUAUCAAAGAUUUAUGUGAAAUACAUGAUAAAAAUCGAGAUGAAAUUGAUUAUAGAACAUUUUUAACUGGAACAAAAUAUUUACCAAAAUCUUAUGUAAUGGCGACGCAUACAAAAAAAAAGAAGAAAAAAAAUGCUUAG